AUGCCUUCCCUGUGGGACUACUUGCAUUUCAACCGGCAGUACAACAACAAGCGAAACCUAGAAGAGGGCCUGUUCCAAAUCGCUUCGCAGACCUGCAACAUCCUAGUGAAAGUCAACAAUACGAACAACAUUAACUUGACGAGGAGCGACGAGUACGGGUGCGCUGGACCCCCCAAAGGGAAAACUUCUAUGCAGGUGUGCGUGCCCAAGUUCAGGAAGAAUUCUAUCACGUCGGGGUGCAACCCAGGACUCUCGGUUACAAUAGAACUGCGGUCCGAACAGCGGCUGAGCACAGCGAGCGUGCCGGCGAAGCGUCAGAAACGAACUUUUUUUGGCAAGAGCCUACAAGAGAAAAACAGCAGCUAG